AUGAAGGCCACCGAAGAAGUAGACGUGGACCUUCUUCGCUCCCUCGCGGAGGUAGCGAUGAUCAAGGGCUUCCGCAGCGGGAAGCUGGAGGAGGCCAUCGCGGCGUUGGCGAAGUACGACAGCCAGCAGGCGGGCAUUGCGCUCAUGAGGAGACUUCUCCGACGACUAAUGUCUACGGCGGCCGAGGUUGCUCGCGUCACGAGGGCCGUCCUUCUGCUGUCCACCACCGUGAAGGGGCUGCAGCAUGUCGCUGUGGUCGACGCCGCCCGACUAGCGUCCGAGAGGACCGCCGCCACGACCGCCAGCGACGAUGCUGCUGCGCUUGCGAAAGCCCUGCGCGACACCACCGAGGGGUUGGAAGGCACGGUGGCCACCCUCGAGACCGCGGCCGCUGCUGACGCCGAAAGUUGUCGCACGAUGGAGAGCGACCUUCGGGCCGACUUCGUCGCCGCUCACGGCACCAACGACGCUCUGCAGGCCACCGUGGACGAGCAGCAGCGGGCUCCCGAGGUCGCGGCGGAACGCUCCGGGCUGGCUGUCCGUCGGCUCGAGGACCAGCUGCAGAGUUCUCGACGCGACGCUUCCCAGGGGCGAGCUUCCACGCUCGCCGUUCGCCAAGAGCUAGCGGCGUGCGAGGACGACGUGGCUGAGGUGGACGAGGCGUCGGUCGCACUCUCCCUCGUGGCCGCGGAGAGCACUAUCCUCCUCGGAGGGGGUCUCCAGCCGGCCACCUCCAGGCCUGCGGAGGUCACCACACGGGAAGGGUCCGACCUGUCGGCAGCUAACGAGGCGCGCCAACGGACAUGGUGA